AUGUUCUUGGAAACAUUGUUAGAGUUUGAAAUUAUCUGGUCUGAUAUUCAAGGUUGUGAGAAUUACAAACAAAGUGGAAUCUUUUGUAUUAAUCUGUGUGUUGAACUCCACUUCGUUGCACUUCGUUACGUUCAACUGUUAAUAGAUCACAGUAGGUUUAUAGGUUACAGGUGUGUUGAACUUCACUUCGUUGCACUUCGUUACGUUCAACUGUUUAUAGAUUACAGUAGGUUUAUAGGUUACAGGUGUGUUGAACUCCACUUCGUUGCACUUCGUUACGUUCAACUGUUAAUAGAUCACAGUAGGUUUAUAGGUUACAGGUGUGUUGAACUUCACUUCGUUGCACUUCGUUACGUUCAACUGUUUAUAGAUUACAGUAGGUUUAUAGGUUACAGGUGUGUUGAACUUCACUUCGUUGCACUUCGUUACGUUCAACUGUUUAUAGAUCACAGUAGGUUUAUAGGUUACAGGUGUGUUGAACUUCACUUCGUUGCACUUCGUUACGUUCAACUGUUUAUAGAUUACAGUAGGUUUAUAGGUUACAGGUGUGUUGAACUUCACUUCGUUGCACUUCGUUACGUUCAACUGUUUAUAGAUUACAGUAGGUUCAUAGGUUACAGGUGUGUUGAACUCCACUUCGUUGCACUUCGUUACGUUCAACUGUUUAUAGAUUACAGUAGGUUCAUAGGUUACAGGUGUGUUGAACUUCACUUCGUUGCACUUCGUUACGUUCAACUGUUUAUAGAUCACAGUAGGUUUAUAGGUUACAGGUGUGUUGAACUUCACUUCGUUGCACUUCGUUACGUUCAACUGUUUAUAGAUUACAUUAGGUUUAUAGAUUACAGGUGUGUUGAACUUCACUUCGCUGCACUUCGUUACGUUCAACUGUUUAUAGAUUACAGUAGGUUUAUAGGUUACAGGUGUGUUGAACUUCACUUCGUUGCACUUCGUUACGUUCAACUGUUUAUAGAUUACAGUAGGUUUAUAGGUUACAGGUGUGUUGAACUUCACUUCGUUGCGUUCAACUGUUUAUAA